AUGCUGUCUGAAAGCCCCUUCGUUGUUGCGCCGUCUGGCGUCAAUCUCUCAGCCUCCGAUCAAAGCCGAUCGGCCAGCGGUGGGGAUGGCUUUGCCGAGCAUCGAACCGCUGGACCGACCCCUCUCCAAGUCGCCAUUGCUGAGCGUCGCAUUGGAAUUGUGACCGCGACAGUUGCUGGACAUUUCGCCCAUUGGCAGUACUUGACCCGAUACCGCCGAAUUGAUCUCCAUGCCACAGUGAAUCGGCGUCCACUGGCGAUACUAGGUUUGGCCUGGGGUGUCGUCUACGUCGGCGUGCUGAGCACCAUCACCAUCGCCCAGCGCAACGUCUCGAGGCGAUCUGAUCAGCUACUCCGGCAAUCGCAGUCCGGUGCUGUUGGAAUUAUUAUUGGAAACCCGCUUGAUGUGAUCAAAGUACGACUUCAGGCGCAACACAACACCCCAGUCUCAAACACGCCUCCCAACCCGGUCCUUGGAACAACAGCAGCAGCUCGCGCAAUUAGCCAAGGCCCCUCGCCAUAUGCUCGCUACUUUGGAAACUCCGCCUCUCUGGUCACCGGCACCGCUGCGCCAAUUCUUGGGUAUGGCGCCCUGAACGCUCUUCUCUUUGUCUCUUAUAACCGCACCGAGGCGGCAUUGAACAAUGCCUUUUCGACUUCGGGAAACCUCUGGAAUACAUGGAUUGCUGGCGCCGUGGGAGGUCUCGCAACUUGGGUUGUCAGCACUCCUACUGAGCUCAUCAAGUGUCGAGCACAGCUUGCUUCCCCACCCCUGUCGAGCUGGGCCAUCACGAGACAGAUCUGGCGGAACGAGGGCAUUCGUGGCCUCUACUUUGGCGGCGUUGUGACGGCACUCCGUGAUAGUAUUGGUUAUGGCUUCUACUUCUGGUCCUACGAACUAAGUACUCGUUGGCUUGCUACCGAACCAGGAGAGGAGUCCUCGUUUCAGCACGAGGCUGCCAAAGUUCUUUUGUGUGGAGGAUUAGCUGGUGUCGCGACUUGGGCUAGCAUCUUUCCUCUCGAUGUCAUCAAAACUCGAGUCCAGGCUCAGCCUUGGGUUCAACAAGCAGAAACAUCUCCCCUCCAAUCAAAUGGUGUCUCGCGGCCCAGCAGGACUGGCGCGCUUCAGAUUGCGCAACAAGCAUACAGGGAAGAAGGCACCCGGGUGUUCUUCCGAGGAUUGACUGUCUGCAGCGUGCGAGCCUUCAUGGUCAAUGCCGUUCAGUGGGCGGUCUAUGAAUGGGUCAUGUAUGAGCUGGGACACGGCCGGAAACAAUCUGUCUCAGACGUCAUGCAGGUUGAGUUGGCUCAGACAUGA